AUGUUUGGAUUGUUGUGGCAGUUUUUCAUGAUAUUUUUUGAGAGUAAAUAUAUUAAUAUAGAAUUUUAAAGGAGUGGUGUAUGUAUAAUUCGCUGUUAUGAAAAUCCAUUCUUUGCUGUUCAACAAAGCUCUGUAGAUUUAGUGGAAAAAUUUGGAAAAUAUCAUAGGAGCCUGCCACCAGGAUUAAAUCAAAUCAAUCCAUGCAAAGUAUUUUAUUAAUUGAAUUUAAGAAUUUGGUUAUACCAGUGGAUAUGAGAACAAGAUUAUUAGAUUUAGAUAGAUAAAUAAUAUUAAUAAAAGACAAAAUAUAAGUUAACAUUACACAUAUAUGUAUUUUACAAUAGUUGGUAUUUAAUUUAAUUAAAACUUUUUUUUUAAAUAGAUCCUGUAUAUAGAGUUUCAAGAUUGACACAAUCUAUUAAAGAUAUGACAUAUGCUGCCUUAAGAUAAGUUUGUGGCUAAGGAUUCAGAGCAUAGAGUAUAAACCUUUCAAAAAUUUAUAAAAUAAGCAUUUAAUAAUUUUUGUUAUUUUAUCAUCAUCGAAAUAUAUACUCAAUUUAAAUUAAUUAUAUAAUUAUGGAUGA